AUGAGAUCAAAUAAUCCAUUGCAGUUGACUCUCGCUAUUUUGAAGCCUCACGUCAUAAAAAAUCCGUUUGCGCUUCAGAAAAUACGACAGCUGAUACUCGACAAUGAUUUCAAAGUAGUCAGGUCUCGUCGGACUAAAAUCACCUUCAGCGAGGCGAGCUAUUUUUACCAGGACCACAAGGAUAAAUUUUUCUACAACCGCCUGGUAACUUUUAUGAGCAGUGGACCUUCAGAUAUUCACAUUCUAGCACGAGAUAAUGCUAUUGUUAGGUGGAGAGAACUUAUGGGCCCUACGAAGGUCUACCAGGCUCAAUAUUUAGCUCCAGAGUCAAUUCGCGGCAAGUUUGGACUCUCUGACACGAGAAACGCCACCCACGGAUCAGAUUCUCCAGACUCAGCAAAAAGAGAAAUAAAAGUUUUUUUUAAUGAUUUUAAUAUUGACGAAUGGUUUGACAAUGAAGAAAUUUAUUUCAAGCAUGAACAGCUUAAAUUUGACCAAGAUUUAUUUUUACACAUAAUUGACAAAUCACUAAAGCCUCUUCCAUCGUGA